AUUUAAUUCAGUUUAACAAUCAGUUAUACCUUCCUUGUUUCAGGCUUUCAAUCGUCUCCAAAAAAAUUAGAAGCUCCUUGAGGACAGGAAUCAUGGCUUUUAUUUCUGUAUUCAUCACAACUGUGCACGUUUAGUUAUGUGCAGAGAGGGGAGGGAUAUUUAAUAAAUGUUUUAAAACAAAUACUAACAGCAUCACAAACUAUAGGGAAUUUAAAACAGUUAAGAUGGAAUACAGAAUAUAUUUGUAAUUAGUUAAGGAACAGAAUGGAUAAAACAGUAUCUGUUUCUGGGGGACAUCUAUGCAGAAGGAAUUUAGGUAGCUUUCAUCAGACUGUAAAAAUCUGUGGAGACGCGUGGUGGCGCUGCAGGAUAACAUCGCGAAAACAAUUAACUGGCUAAUGUUCUGGACACUGUUACCCAGUGCACACGAGAAUUGGGAAGACAGAAAGAAUAGCUAGAGUGACCCAGAAGCCAUUCAACACGGUUAAAGUCUUAGACCUCCGAGGAUUGGGCGGAUAGAUCAGAGGCACAAUUCCCAGAAUUGCGAGGUAGAGCUGAAGCGAUUUUGCAGGAAGCCUUUGGGAAAGGAGCUAUGGAGAACGGAGGGCCAGGCGCUCUACGGAUAAGGCAAGUCCUGCUUCUCUUUGUCUUGCUGGGAAUGUCUGAGGUGGGCUCUGAGUCAGGGCGCUUUUCUGUCGCAGAGGAAAUGCAGAGCGGGAGCUUUAUAGGUAAUGUGGCAAAAGACUUGGGACUGGAGGUGGGGGAGCUAUCCUUGCGUGGGGCACAAGUGGUCUCUAAGGAUAACAAACAGCAUUUGCAACUGGAUGUAAACACGGGAGAUUUGCUCCUAAGCGAAACACUAGACCGGGAAGAGCUCUGUGGCUCCACCCAGCCAUGUGUGCUGCAUUUCCAGGUGUUAAUGAAAAACCCCUUGCAGUUUUUUCAAAUUGAGCUCGAGGUCAGGGACAUAAAUGAUCAUUCUCCCGUUUUUCUGGAAAAAGAAAUGCUCCUAGAAAUCCCAGAGAACAGUCCUGUCGGUGCUGUGUUCUUACUAGAAAGUGCAAAGGAUUUGGAUGUAGGAGUCAACACUCUAAAAAACUACACAGUCAGCCCCUACUCUAAUUUCCACGUUAAAAUGAGAGUCAAUCCAGACAAUAGGAAAUACCCAGAGUUGGUUUUGGACAAAGCACUGGAUUACGAAGAGCAGCCUGAGUUCAGUUUCAUCCUCACUGCUCUAGAUGGCGGCUCUCCGCCCAGAUCCGGGACUGCCUUGGUUCGAGUCGUGGUUGUGGACAUUAACGACAACUCCCCUGAGUUUGAACAGCCCUUUUAUGAGGUGAAGAUUCCAGAGAAUAGCGUCUUAGGUUCGCCAGUUGUGACUGUGUCAGCUUGGGAUUUAGACUCAGGAACAAACGGGGAAAUAUCAUACACUUUGUCCCAUGCCUCAGAAGAUAUUUGCAAAACAUUUGAAAUUAAUCAAAAGUCUGGAGAAGUUAGUCUAACCGCACUCUUGGAUUUUGAAACAAUUGAAUCAUACUCGAUAAUCAUUCAAGCCACAGAUGGAGGUGGCCUUUUUGGAAAAUCAGCAGUAAGAAUUCAGGUGAUGGAUGUGAAUGACAAUCUUCCCGAAGUCACCGUGUCAUCAAUUAUCAGCCCAAUCCCUGAAAAUUCACCUGAGACUGUGGUUGUGGUUUUUAGUAUCCUAGACAGAGAUUCCGGGGACAACGGGAGAAUGAUUUGUUCUAUCCCAGAAGACCUCCCAUUUAUGCUAAAACCUUCCGUUGAGAAUUACUACACAUUGGAAACGGAGAGAACACUGGACAGAGAAAGCAGAGCCGAGUACAACAUCACCAUCACCGUCACAGACUUGGGUACCCCCAGGCUGAAAACACAACACAACAUAAUCUUGCUCGUCUCCGACGUCAAUGACAACGCACCGACCUUCGCCCAAACCUCCUACACCCUCUUCAUCCGUGAGAACAACAGCCCCGCCCUGCACAUGGGCAGCGUCAGCGCCACAGACAGAGACUCAGGCACCAACGCCCAAGUCACCUACUCGCUGCUGCCGCCCCAGGACCCGCACCUCCCUCUCUCCUCCUUGGUCUCCAUCAACGCGGACAACGGGCACCUGUUCGCUCUCAGGUCGCUGGAUUACGAGGCCCUGAGAACCUUCGAGUUCCGCGUGGGCGCGACAGACGCAGGCUCUCCGGCGCUGAGCAGCGAGGCGCCGGUGCGCGUGGUGGUCGUGGACGAAAACGACAACUCGCCCUUCGUGCUGUACCCGCUGCAGAACGGCUCUGCGCCCUGCACCGAGCUGGUGCCCAGGGCGGCUGAGGCGGGCUACCUGGUGACCAAGGUGGUGGCGGUGGACGGCGACUCGGGCCAGAACGCCUGGCUGUCCUACCAGCUGCUCAAGGCCACGGAGCCCGGGCUGUUCAGCGUGUGGGCGCACAAUGGCGAGGUGCGCACCGCCAGGCUGCUGAGCGAGCGCGACGCCGCCAAGCACAGACUCGUCGUUCUGGUCAAGGACAAUGGCGAGCCGCCAAUGUUGGCCAGCGUCACGCUGCAAGUGCUCCUUGUGGACAGUUUCUCGCAGCCCUACCUGCCACUGCCGGAGGUCGCCGCGGACAAGACCCAGGCCGACUCGCUCACGGUCUACUUGGUCAUUGCGUUGGCGUCGGUCUCGUUGCUCUUCCUGUUCUCCGUGCUUCUGUUCGUCGCUGUGCGGCUGUGCAGGAGGAACAGAGCUGCCUCGCUGGGUCGCCGCUCGGUGCCUGAGGGCCACUUUCCAGACCACUUGGUGGACGUUAGUGGCACAGGGACUUUGUCUCAGAGGUACCUCUAUGAGGCGUUUCUGACGGGAAGCUCAGAAACAAGUGAGUUUAAGUUCUUGAAGCCAAUUAUCCCCAAUUUCCCGCCCCAGGGCCCUGGAAAAGAAAGAAAGGAAAGUCCUUCCUUCCGCAAUAGCUUUGGGUUCAAUAUUCAGUGACCAUAUUUGGCUUUUAUAUUCCAUAUGCAUUUUGUUUUGUGGCACUUCCAAACCAAUGUUUGUUUUCCCCAAUUUGUGUGUACUUUAAAUUGUACUGAUAUUACUUAAUAUUUUCUCAUGUUCUCUGAACUUGUGCUUUUAAAUGAAAGUUUGUCUGUGGUUGUAAUGAGAUUGUAAUUUACUCUCUAACCCAGGAGAUCUUAAUUUAUAAUUAAUUUGCCUCUGUAAAUGACAACACCAAAUCACCUUCUUUCCAUGUCCCCUACU